AUGGGCCUGGGCAUAUUGUCAGGAAGAGAAAGAGCCUGCGACUCAUUGAACGAGUGUUACCUCCUCGAUAUGAAGGGCGUCAUUGUGGAUAUUGAACAACAAACUGGACUACCAACGACAGUCGUAUUAGCUGAAGAACUCUCGCCAGCAGUAUACGCAGGACCCGUCUUGUCGCCUUCCAAAUCAUCCACCCCAUCUUUACAGGUACCGUCCAUGCCGGGCAUACCACGCGCAGGCGAUGAGGAGGUAUCCCAGACCAUUACGCUGACGACGCUAUACGAGAUCCGGAACAGGCUCAAGCAGCGGGACAGUGCUGGACUGGAGAAAGCGCGCGAGCAGAUCGACGCCCUGAUCGCUAAGAAAGAAGCAGCAGCAGCAAUAGCAGGGAGGGAGCCAGGAAGGCAAGUGAACGGUGUCGAGUAUCAAGGAUUGAAUGUCAAGACCUAA